AUGAAGAAGAGCUGCUCGCUGCUCGAAGAGGAAGCAAAGAGGCUCGGCGUCUGGCCAACCGAAGAUGUGAAGCGUCCAACCGAGCUUCUCGAACCCGACACGAGGACGUCGCUCGCUCUGACCGACACCACCGUCGACCCGCUCGCGUCGCACGUUGUUCUCGAUCCGUGCGCAUACAAAUGCCCCCCGCCUCUCCAACCUAUGGCCAUUGUUCCUAAACUCCAGACGGCCACCACGUCGGCGAUGGCUUCGACCACGUCUGCCGUGCCUGUCGAGACGGCCGUGUCCACUCCUCCCUCGAUCGAGAAGGCCAAGGAGCCACUGUUUCCCCUGCCGAAGCUGCGGCUGGAGGUCCGCGAUCUCAGCCACGCCGGCGCUGAUGUCUUUUUGGGGGCGGUCAACGCGGCUGCUGUACUGGCAGCGGCCGUGGCCAACGUGCAGCGGCUGCUCUACGCCAGCGACGCCAAGACGGCCGAUCCGGCCACGCACAUGACGCCGACGCGCUCCGUCACCGUCGUCCUGCGCGACCUCGACGGCGUCGCCUACACGACCGGCAGCGACCUCGAUGGCGACCACAAGGAGAUCCACUUCAGCCUGGGUUACAUUGCCGGCAUUCAGCCAAGGGCCUCGCGCGCUGUUGCCGAGAUCACUGGCGUGCUCACUCACGAACUCGUCCACUGCUACCAAUGGAACGGCCUCGGUACCGCUCCCGGUGGCCUCAUCGAGGGCAUCGCCGACUGGGUGCGGCUGCGCUGCGCCCUCGAGCCGCCGCACUGGAAGCGCGAGCCCGCCGCUGCCGGCCGCUGGGAUGCUGGCUACCAGCACACCGGAUACUUUCUCGACUACCUCGAGCACCGCUUCGGCCACGGCACCGUCCGCCGCAUCAACGAGAAGCUGCGCCGUCACCGCUACGAGGAGAAGCCCUUCUGGACCGACCUCGUCGGCAGGCCCGUCGAGCAGCUGUGGGGCGACUACCGAACGGACGCCGCCAUUGCCACCGCAGUUCAUCCACCACCAAUAUCCAAGGCAGCGACGAUGCGAGCGACACUCCGCCUGCUGGCUGGCGUGAAGCCGGUGCGGUACUUCCAGCCGGGAGCGCAGACGGGACUGGCGGGCGUGUACACGCACAGCACGCCGCGGUCGACGCUGCUUUACCUGUACACGACCACGCUGGAGAAGCUGCAGGCGGUACCGGAGACGUCAGUGUACCGGCAGUCGGUGGAGGCGCUGACAAAGCACCGGAUGGCGUUGGUGCAGUCGGUUAAGCCGGACGGCUACGACGAGUGGCGGCAGCGAGCGCAGAAGCUGGUGGCCGAGAACCCGGAGCAGUUUGGCACGGUGGCACAGACGAGCGUAGACGGAACGGCGUCGUGGCGCGUGAGCAAGGGCGGCCAGACGUUUGUCAUCCUGGACGUGCCCAACCAGGUCGACCCGCGGCUGCAGGAGUGGGACGGCGAGCGGGAUGAGGGCCCGGAGCUGGAGGGUAUCCGCACGGCCGAAGACCGUGCGGAUCACGGCCUGUCGGCGACGCGCAAGUCGCUCGAGGUCAACCACAACGUCGCGUGGGAGGAUGAGCCGCGUCUGACGGCGGACCAGAUCGAGGAGCUCGAGACCAAGCUCGGCGCCGGCCUCAUCGAGGAGGUCAUUGGCGUGGCCGAGGGCGAGGCCAAGCUCGUGGACGUCAUGGUCAAGGCCAAGGUCUGGGAGAGCCUGGAGGAGAAGCCGGCCGAGGGCCAAUGGGUGUACUUUGAGCGCAAUGGGGCAUCCGCACCAACAGCCAAAGCUUCCCCUUCAGACCGACGACACCGACACGCCUGCACGCCUGCGCGCCGCCAGCCCGCCAUGGCUUUUAUCGAGCCGCCGACGUCGACGAACCUGCGGAAGCGCAAGCGGGCCUCGUGCGCCUCGCGCGCCUCUUCGACAACCUCCAGCGCAGCUGGCCGGCUGCCGUCCGACGCCAUCAAUCCACAUAGCUAUGGGCCCUUGACAUGGAAGCAGCUGACGGUGGCGGGACUGACGCAGGCCGACCAUCUGCCGGCCGACUACGUGGGUGGCUUUCCGCACCGGCCGCUUCCGCGAGACAGCACAAACGCGACACCUGUGCAGGGCAGCGACGAGGAGGAGAGUGGAGGGAACGGAGAGGGCGGCACCGACAAUGAGGGCGGCAGCGAAGAGGAAGCCCAUGGCCAUGGGCACAGCCACGGUCAUGGCCACGGUCACGGUCACGGCGAUAAUCGCUCGGCUGCCAAGCGCCACCGCGCUGCGCUGCGCACGGUCAACGCCUACGACCGACACAUCGGUCUGCUGACAGCAGUGGUGCAGCGGGGGCUGCAGGAAGCGGACCACGGCAUGGCCAGUCUGGGGUCCGAAAGGGGAGUCGUCGGGCUCGCGCGGGCCAAACGAGCCUUUGGCCUGCUGCUGCGGACCGAGGUCGACGGCCGGAUCAUCGACCUGCGACGGGACCACCUCUGGGCGCUGGGGGCGGAGAUUCUGAUGCGCGAGGGAGAAGACGAGGCGGCGGAAGAGACGGUGGAGAAGACGGUGGAGGAACACGACGGGGACGAAACGGACGAGACCGACGGGACAGACGGGACAGACGGGACAGACGGGACAGACGAGACAGACGAGACAGACGAGACAGACACGAAAUCUAAUGUCCGUCGCCGUCGCUGGGGAUCGGCCGCCAAUCUGCCCAGCGUGCGAGCCUACUACGAGGACCUCAUCCAGCAGCACCCGUACAGUCGACAGUGGCCACGAGUGCCGAGCGCGCUGACCUUUUGGCCGGCCAUGAUCAGCACAGAGCUGUACAACGUUUAUACAGAAGAGCGGCAUGCGAUGGAGCGAUUAGAGAAGGAGGAGGAAGAGGAGGAUGAAGAGGAGGACGAGGAGGACGAAAGUGACGAAGAUCUUGGCGACGAAGAAGAGGAAGACGACGAAGAUGAAGAGCACACCAACAUCCACACCCACACCCACACCCACCGCCGUCGCCGCCUCUUCCGACGACGUCGUGCUGACCCCCAGCGAGCCGCCCGCGAAGACGUCCGGACGGCAGCGCUGCAGCAAGUCCGCGACAUGGCCCGUCGCAUGGACAUCGUCAUGGAGAGCCCGCCAUACCGGGCCAGCCAUGAGAUGCUGCGGCUGCGCGGCAUGGUGGCGCUCUACGCGGGCGACUUGGUGGUGACGACGAGACCGCGGACGCGCCGUGAAGCGGUCGAGGACCAGCGGCUACGGACGGCCGAGCGGACACGAGCGCGGGCCCUGUUUGCGCGACUGGUGCGGGACGAUCGGGGCGGCGACAGCAGCACGGGUGGGAAGAGCCGGCAGGCGGGCAUCAGGACGGAUAGCGUGGUGGAUGCAUAUGUGGAGGAGAUGGUAGAAGGGAAGGAGAGAGGGGGGGAGAGGGAGAAGAGGAAGAAGACAAGAAAGUCAAAGGACAGAUCGAGAGAGAAGUCGAGGGACAAGUCGAGGGAGAAGGCGAGAAACAGCAGAAGCAGAAGCGCCGACAGCAGAGACACACACGACGGGUCAGAGGACGACGACGACAGCUAUGGCAUGUUGGAUCGGCCAGUGUUCACGUCCAUGCCGAUCCGGCAGUCACAGUGA